AUGGUCCAACAUGUCAUGCCAACGAUUCCCUGGAUCAUAUUCGGCUUCAUUGAACCAACGGCAUUAGUAUAUGCCUGCUUCGUCGCUUUCAAAGACCCUCAUGAGUAUUUGCGCGCUCUGGGUCCGACCCCGCAUGCUUACAAACCAGACGACGCUUCCGUUGCCGCCAUACUUUCGCUUGGAAAUGUCUUCCUUCUCAUCGCAGUGGCUCAAUUCCUCUGCUGCCAUGUUUCGAACGAAUCUCGUAUCGCGAGAUCAUAUGUUUUUCUCCUCGUACUCGCUGACUACGGCCAUAUCUGGGCGACGUAUAAGGGGAUCGGGUAUGACCUAUUUAUGAACCCUCUGGCUUGGAACGAUACUACGGCAGGAAAUAUUGGAGCGUCUGCUGUUCUAAAUGUUAUACGAAUUGCAUAUCUUUUGGGGUUAUUCGGGAAGGACAAUGAGAAUGUUGGGAAGAAAGAUGUUCUAAAGAAAGUGAAAUAG